AGUCGCACAAAGAAACAAACCCCUACAAAAAUUAUGUCGGAUGGUAUUGCACGCAGUCGUCUUGUAGAGGAACGAAAAGCCUGGCGCAAAAAUCAUCCCCAUGGUUUUGUGGCUAAACCUGAGACAAGGGUAGAUGGGAGUGUUGAUUUGAUGGUUUGGCAUUGUGUUAUCCCUGGCAAAAAAGGGACAGAUUGGGAAGGUGGGUACUUUCCUUUAACACUCAACUUUAGUGAGGAGUACCCAAGCAAACCCCCUAAAUGCAAGUUCCCAAAUGGAUUCUUCCACCCUAAUGUUUACCCUUCUGGAAUUGUGUGUUUGUCUAUCCUCAGCGAGCGUCGUGGAUGGAGACCCUCCAUUACAGUGAAACAAAUCCUAGUGGGGAUUCAAGAUUUGCUUGAUCAACCCAAUGCUACCGACGCUGCACAAACAGAGGGACAUCAGCUUUACAUAUCAAACCCAAAUGAGUACCGGAAAAGAGUUCAACAACAAGUCCUGCAAUAUCCACAGUCUCUCUAGUUAUAUGCUACAUCACCAGGACUGUUUACUGUUAUAUAAGUCGUAUUACCGAAUUGGUCUUUGCAUAUGUCAACUCGGUUCUAUAUUUGAUGGGACGAACUUUUUAUAAGAAAUUUUGUUUGGUAUUUAAUAGAAAUCCUGUGUUAGUUUGAAA